AUGGCUUCCAAAUCCAACAGACACGCGCCUGGAAACCCCACUGCCAUACCCUCCUCCCUUAUCGCACAAGCAGAGGCGGCAAUCGUUGGACAAUUCGACGAUGAUUCACCUUUAGAGAGACGACCAUCAAGACUUCCCAAGCCGGAUUACUCAUUGUAUCAGACUAAGAGCCGUGGAGGAGCCUCGAAAUCAAAACACCUCGGAGUCUCAUCAGACGAAGCACCUCCCGCAUACGGCGACAAUGAAAGCCAGCUAGAGCUAAGCCAGGACGGCUUCGAUACAAAGGCAAAAGUGACGGACGAUGGUCGAAUAAACAUAAACAUCAACCAGAAGACUCGCAAGCUCUCAGACCUCCUUGUCCCCGCCCUGCGGCAACAGCUCUCGUUAGUGGCACAAGAGGAGGAACUCCCGCUACCGCCUGGAUAUAUUCCGCCUGCUUUAGGAGGACUGCCAGGUCAGACACCACCACCGAAACUCAAUGUUGUCAUACAUGUUGUGGGAUCUCGAGGAGAUGUCCAGCCCUUUGUGGCCUUGGGAAAGACAUUGAAGUCUACGUAUGGUCACCGUGUUCGGCUUGCAACACAUCCAACAUUCAAGGGCUUUGUCGAAGAGAAUGGGCUGGAAUUCUUUAGCAUCGGUGGUGAUCCAUCCGAGCUCAUGGCAUUCAUGGUCAAGAACCCUGGUUUGAUGCCUGGAUUCGAUUCCUUGAAGAGCGGCGAUGUUGGCAAGAGAAGAAAGGGCAUGGAAGAAAUCGUUCUUGGGUGCUGGAGAUCCUGCAUUGAAGCCGGUGACGGGCUCGGAGCUCCACCCAGGCGGGAGAGUUCUGAUAGUCUCGGCUUCGAGGGCGGAAUAAAUAUGGAUAUGAGCCCAGGAGAUCGCCCCUUUAUUGCCGAUGCCAUUAUUGCAAAUCCUCCUAGUUUCGCCCAUAUCCAUAUUGCAGAGAAGAUGGGCAUUCCUCUUCAUAUGAUGUUUACGAUGCCUUGGUCACCUACUCAACAAUUUCCACACCCUCUAGCUAACAUUCAAUCAUCUAACACGGAUGUCAAUAUUGCGAAUUUUGUGUCGUAUGCUUUGGUUGAAAUGAUGACCUGGCAAGGGCUGGGCGAUGUCAUUAAUCGUUUUCGUGAGCGGGCCUUGGGACUGGACCCAAUCAGUUUGAUCUGGGCUCCUGGAAUGCUAAGCCGUCUUCGUGUGCCAUAUACCUAUUGCUGGUCACCUGCACUUAUCCCAAAGCCAAAGGAUUGGGGCCAGCAUAUCUCAAUCUCAGGCUUCUACUUCCUCUCGCUGGCAUCGUCGUUUACCCCUGAACCAGAACUUGCUGCUUAUCUCGCGGCGGGCCCACCACCAGUGUACAUCGGCUUCGGAUCAAUUGUUGUUGAUGAUCCGGAUGGGAUGACAAAACUUAUCUUUGAAGCGGUCAAGAUGGCUGGUGUCAGAGCCCUUGUUUCAAAGGGCUGGGGUGGACUAGGAGCUGAUGACCUGGGAAUUCCAGAAGGCGUCUUCAUGCUGGGCAAUGUCCCUCACGAUUGGCUUUUCCAGCAUGUCGCAUGUGUUGUCCACCAUGGUGGAGCCGGAACCACCGCUGCAGGUAUUGCAACCGGCCGGCCUACGAUUGUCGUCCCAUUUUUUGGUGAUCAACCAUUUUGGGGUGCAAUGGUAGCUCGAGCUGGUGCUGGCCCUCCUCCAAUCCCAUACAAGCAACUCACGGCCGAAAAGCUCGCUGCGGCUCUCAUGGAAGCCCUCAAGCCAGAAACACUUACCCGAGCUCAAGAAUUAGGUGCAUUGAUGAAGGAAGAGAAAGGCACUGAAGUCGGUGGCAAAGCUUUCCAUGACAUGUUGGACGUGGAUACGUUAAGAUGCGCACUCUCCCCAAGUAGGGUGGCAGUCUGGCGAGUCAAGCGGACGAAGACUCACCUUAGCGCUCUUGCUGCAAACGUGCUUGCAAGCGAGGGGCUGAUUGAUUUCGCAGACUUAAAGCUCUACCGAGCACGCGAGUACGAGACCGAAGAAGGUCCAUGGGAUCCGAUCACUGGUGGCGCAUCUGCGCUCGUAGGCACCAUUGCCAGUCUUUCCAUGGGGGUUGCAGAUUUCCCCAUCGAGAUCUUCAAGAAAGUCAGAAAGAGGCAAGAAACUUUUAAAGAAAACAAAGAAAAAACGAGUGAAGACUCUACUUCUCAAGGACCUUCUCGAACAGAUUCUACCGUUGAUCUUGCCCCCGAAGAGACCGAUGAGCCGAAGUCAUACUACGAGGGUACUGAUAAAACAGAAGAUUCAAUGGCAGCAACCACUCCAAAGACAUCCUACGAAAGUACAGGUCGGUCAUUGAGCGAUGCUUCGUCACCUACUGAAACCCCGUUAUCAAGCACGACAUCAUUGAACACCCACAGAGAGGGUGCCCACCGUGGUAAUUCGCUCAAACAAGCCCUUUCGGGCGCCUUGUGCAGAUCAAGAUCACGAUCGCGAGAUCGCAACUCCCCCUUUGGGCGAUCAAGUUCUAAGGACCGACAACCUGGUUCUCGCAGUGGAUCGCCGUUUCGUCGCAGGGAGACAAAGGAGUUCGAUCCCAGCCAGCUUACAAUCGAGAAUGCUACUCGAGCGACGAAGGGCGCUGCCCGAAUUGUGGUAGCUGGAUUAAAGUCUCCUAUGGAUUUUACUUUGGGUAUUGCUCGUGGCUUUCACAAUGCACCGAAAUUGUAUGGUGACGACACGGUUCGACCGCAGGCGAAAGUCACUGAUUUUCAGAGUGGCCUCAAAGCUGCAGGAAAGGAAUUUGGAUAUGGAUUCUAUGAUGGAAUUACUGGUCUGGUCACACAGCCACUACGAGGUGCCGAAAAGGAAGGCACUGCUGGCCUUCUCAAAGGUAUUGGAAAGGGUAUUGGAGGUCUUGUUCUCAAGCCAAGCGCAGCUAUUUGGGCACUUCCUGGCUACGCAUUCAUGGGGGUCAACAAAGAGAUCCAGAAGCUGUUUGGCUCCAGUGUACUAAACUACAUAAUCGCCGCUCGUACUGCCCAAGGAUACGAAGACGCGCAAUCUGCCACACUAGAAGAACGUCUAGACAUUAUCCACCGCUGGAACGAGCACAAAUCGGAGUACCAAAGCAUGAAGAUGAAACUCGAAGAACAAGGCGGUCCGGAUGGUCAGGAGAGAGGCCGCUUGACACCAAAAGGCUUCAUGCAAACCCGCCAUCUCUCCUUCGAGGACCGAAAGAAACUCCACGAAGAACGUAAAGCCCGCCGGGAAGAAGAACGCCAGAGAUCUAUUGCCGCUGGUGAACAUAACCACUGCCCCUUCUGCCGCCGAAGCACAGCACAUAGUCAUACACCUCGCGCUGUCCAAACAACACCAAUUGUUCUAGACAAGCCGGAUGCGGAUCAAGAUGAGCAGUUCGAGCACGCGAUCCACGCCUCCGUUGCAGCUACCUCCCGCGGCAACCCAGAAGAAGACAUGAUGAUCGAGCGCGCUAUCCGUGCCUCAGUGCGUGAGCUUCAAGCUGCUCAAGGUUCUAAACUCACUGAUCAGGAAGCUCUCCAACGUGCAGUUGCAGCCAGUGUCAUCGAAGGUCGUCGUCGACGAUCCGACGAGGAAUUGUCGACGGCUACUGCGACCGACGAGGAUCUCGAGCAUCAAGCGCUGCUCGAGAAAGCUAUCCAACAGAGCCUCGCGGAGUACCAUCUCCCUCAAGACGAAGGAGAUGCCGAUACGGAUGAGGAUGAAAAUGUUAAGCUCGCGUUAAAGUUGUCGAAGGAGGAGCCGGCGCCGGAUGAUGAGGAGGGCAUGGUGAGGGCGGCGUUGGAGAAGAGCAGAGUUGAGCAUGAGGCGCAGAAGGGGAAGGCGAAGAGCGACGAAGAGGUUGUGCUGGAUUAUGUGAAGAAGAUGAGUUUGGCGGAGCAGCAGCAGAAGGCUGCUUUGUUUGUGGAGGGGAAGAUGAAGGAGGCGCAGGACCCGAGCAGAACUGCGGAGCAGCAUGUUGAGAGCGAGGCUGAUGCCGAGGCGUUGAGGCUGGCAAUUGAGGCGAGCUUGAAGGGUGCUGGUGGGGGACAGGCUUCAGGGUUGGGUGCGUAG